CUAACAGAAAAUCCUAACACUUUGAAUUCUGGAUCUUUGUCUCCGAAGCUCUACAUUCUUUACAGCCACAUGGCACUUCAUGUUCUGCUUGCUGUGAGCUGAAUGCUCAACUAUAUGCAAAAUCCUGCUUUUGCAUAUUUUGGAUGCUCUGCUGUGUUUUGGGGAGUUUUUCCUAAUAGACAAUCCUAACACUUUGAACUCUGGAUCUUUGCCUCCGAAGCUCUACAUUAUUUCCAGCCACGUGGCACUUCACGCUCUGCUUGCUGUGAGCUGAAUGCGCAACUAUAAGCAUUCUUUUGUAUUUUUGGAUGCUCUGCUGUGUUUUGGGGAGUUUUCCCUAACACUUUGAACUCUGGAUCUUUGCCUCCUGAGCUCUACAUUAUUUCCAGCCACAUGGCACUUCACGCUCUGCUUGCUGUGAGCUGAAUGCUCAACUAUAAGUAUUCUUUUGUAUUUUGGAUGCUCUGGUGUGUUUGGGAAGUUUUCCCUAACACUUUGAACUCUGGAUCUUUGCCUCCGAAGCUCUACAUUAUUUCCAGCUACAUGGCACUUCACACUCUGCUUGCUGUGAGCUGAAUGCUCAACUAUAAGUAUCCCAUUUUUUUAUCUUUGCCUCCAAACUCUACAUUCUUAACAGACACAUGGCACUUCACACUCUGCUUGCUGUGAGCCGAAUGCUCAACUAUAAGUAUUCCGUUUUUGUAUCUUUGCCUCCUAAACUCUAAAUUCUUUACAGCCACGUGGCACUUCACGCUCUGCUUGCUGUGAGCUGAAUGCUCAACUAUAGGUAUCCUGUUUUUGUAUUUAUCAAUGCCAUGGGGUCCUGGGAGCUGGCAUCAGAUUGCGCUCAUUCUCCUGUGUAGAUGCACCUCGGUUUCCAAGGGCUGCAUAGCCUAGAGGUAAUUCCAUCCAAAGGGGUAUCAAACUGGGUCAAUUCGGCAGUGUAGACGCACUCCUAGUUCCCGUAAGAACGGGCACGGCAGGUUGGCGGCCGCGUUCCAAGCUCCCGAAGGUGCCGUCACCUGCUUCCGAUGCUGUUUCCUGACCCAUGGCUGUUUUAAUUGCCAAGGGACCCAUCACGCCGUGAAGUCCAAAGCGCAGCUGACACAUGUGGGGGAAACAAAUAGAAACCCCAGCCCGGUUUGGACAAGGUGACCCUUGCGAUCCUCGUCGCUCUCCUUGCUGGCUUCUGAAAAGUCGCACUCAACCCGAAAGCUCCCGUAUAAUGCAGAUGCUUCGCUUGACCGGUGUGAUGCCUAGGACUUGAAGAGUUCUCCCAAUGGCGGUGGUCCUGCAGCUGGCCUCCUUCUGCGUGGCCUUCAUCUCGACCCUCUUCCUGGUGGCAGCAACCUGGACCGACUGCUGGAUGGUCAACGCUGAUGACAGCUUAGAGGUGAGUCACAAAUGCCGGGGGCUUUGGCGAGAGUGUGUCACGAACAUGCAGGACGGCAUCCGGACCUGCGACCAGUACGACUCCAUUUUAGCCGAACACCCCAUGAAAAUCGUGGUGACCCGCGCGUUGCUCAUCACGGCCGACAUCCUCUCGGUCUUUGCGCUGGUGCUGCUGGUGUCGGGCCUCGACUGUGUCAAGUUCCUCAAGGACGAGCCACAGAUCAAGCUGAAGAUGUGCUACUCCUCCGGCUUCGUUCUCGGAGUUGGAAGCAUCUUUGGACUGGUGGGUUCCAUCUGGUAUGCCGUCGACGUCUACAUGGAGAGGUCCACCUUGUUGCUCCACAGCGUGUUUCUGGGCAUCUACCACGACUUUGGCUGGUCUUGCUGGAUGGGCAUGGCCGGGUCCGUGGGCUGUUUGGUGGCCUCCAUUGCGCUGACCUGCUGCCUUUAUGCCGUCAAAGGUGAUGCCGCCCCUUCCAGAAGGUUCCAGCGCACCGUCUAUCAUCCACGGACCGUCCACUCCAAGAUGUAUGCGGUCGCAUCCCGAGUGUGACACCAACAACAUUGCAUGUCAGAAAGAACUCUGUUGCCAGGACCCUUUUUGGGUCCCCAUGGGGAGAACGGCGGGAGGGAGAGAAUCAGGUUGCGGAGCUCACCGAGAAUUCUUGAGAAAGUUAAUAAUAACAAUAGUAAUAGUAAUAAUAAUAAUAAUAAUAAUAAUAAUAAUAAUAAUAAUAAUAGAGUAAGUCAAUCUAUACCUAUAUGUAAACAUUCAUGCAUGUAUGUAUGUUUGUUCAUCUGUUAGUACUGCUGUUGUUGAGCCCUGACCCCGCCCGCCGAGUCAAAAUAUUAAAUUACUAAACUCAGAACCGCAGCGGAGAGUUCUGAAGAUACUGGGAA